ACUAUAUUUCCUAGGUCAAAUAGAAAAUAUCUAAAUGAAAACACAAACAGGAAGUGAGAGAGAAAUUUUCGGAUAAUGAGUACCGUCUUCCCUAUUUAAAAGCCUUGCUUAGAACGAUCAUCAUCAGAGAACCUACCUGAAGGUUCACCAGAACCCCAUCUCAGCCAGCCCAGCAGCAGCCACAUCUUCCCCAUGGCCUUCAUGCUCUCUCUACUGAUGGCCCUGGUGCUGGUCAGCUAUGGCCCAGAAGGAUCUCUGGGUUGUUACCUGUCUCAGAGACACAUGCUGGAUGCCAGGGAGAACCUCAGGCUCCUGGCCCAAAUGAACAGACUCUCCCCUCAUUCCUGUCUGCAGGACAGAAAAGACUUUGGUCUUCCUCAGGAGAUGGUGGAGGGCGACCAGCUCCAGAAGGAUCAGGCUAUCUCUGUGCUCCACGAGAUGCUCCAGCAGUGCUUCAACCUCUUCCACACAGAGCGCUCGUCUGCUGUCUGGAACACCACCCUCCUGGAGCAGCUCCACAUUGGACUCCAACAGCAGCUGGAGGACCUGGACGCCUGCCUGGGCCCGGUGAUGGGAGAGAAAGACUCUGACCUGGGAAGGAUGGGCCCCAUUCUGACCGUGAAGAAGUACUUCCAGGGCAUCCAUGUCUUCCUGAAAGAGAACGAAUAUAGCGACUGUGCCUGGGAAAUCGUCAGAGUGGAGAUGAUUAGAGCCCUCUCUUCAUCAACCACCUUGCAAAAAAGGUUAAGAAAGAUGGGUGGAGAUCUGAACUCACCUUGAGAUGACUCUUGCCAGCUAAGAUGCCAAAUCACCCUGGUACACUCACCUGGGUUCAUUUCAGAAGACUCUGAUUUCUGCUUCAGCCACUGAAUUCAUUGAAUUACUUUAGCCGAUACUUUGUCAGCAGUAAUAAGCAAGUAGAUAUAAAAGUAUUCAGCUGUAGGGGCAUGAGUCCUUAAGUGUUGCCUCCCCUGAUGUUACCUAUUCCUGAUUUAUGUAUUCCUUCUUGCAUCUAACAUACUUAAAAUAUUAGGAAAUUUGUAAAGUUACAUUUCAUUUGUACAUCUAUUAAAAUUUCUAAAACAUGUUUA